UUCGCGCCGCUUUGCUUGUACGCAGUCUAUUCUGGCUCAAUCCUAGAGCCCUCAGAUAGGCCUCUCUCACCAUCGACCUUGCCACUUCUCGGUCUCUCUCUCCACAAACCCAAGAAUCACCAUGUCCAUGUUUCUCCGAGCUCUGCCCACUAUAGCCCUACGUUCCAAACCCCUUUCUCUUUCAUCUAUCCCCCUCUUGUACCUUAACUCGCAAACACUCACUCAACCCAGAAAAUAUCCAAGUAGAACCACUCACUCCGUUUCUGCUUCAGCAACUCCAUCUACUUCAUCAGAAACCCUAAUUUCUAACCCUAAACAGCCUGCAAUACCCUUCAAAGACUCUCUUGAAUGGGUCAGCAGAACCGGGUUUUGUGGUGAAUUGUCUGAAAACGACGUCGGUAAACGGGUCAGGCUUUGCGGGUGGGUCGCGCUUCACCGGAUUCAUGGUGGUCUCACUUUCCUCAACCUCAGAGACCACACCGGGAUUGUGCAGGUUACCACACUCCCCGAUGAGUUCCCUGAUGCACAUUUGAUUAUUAAUGACCUGAGGCUCGAGUUUGUGAUUACUGUGGAAGGUGUUGUUCGGCCUAGGCCCAGUGAGUCAGUUAAUAAGAAAAUGAAGACUGGGAUGAUAGAGGUAAGGCAAUUUUGCUUUGUUAAAAACACUAAAUUGUUGGUUUAACUAAUAGAAGAGUAUGCUAUUUUUCGCAUUUGUGUAAGACAAAUGGCCUUUUAGUUUUUUAUGGGCAUUCUCUUCCCCUCAGAUAUGUAGGUAGGGUUAGUUUUGUCUCUGAUAUUGUAGGCCCAUGUUGAGCUUGAAGUUUGAUAUUCAUAGAGAAGCGUGAGUGCAAUCAAAUAGUUUGUUGGGAAGGUAAUAGAGAAAUGGACUAAAUGGUACUAUGAUUUAAGACCAUAGUUAUCAAUCUUGCACAGUUGUACCUGUCAUUGUACUGUUUUUGCUCGUUUUAUGGUACGUAUUGGUACCAGU